AUGGCUUCACCAUCAACAUUAGCAGCACCAGGCUCAAAGAAGACAACGGUGCAUAACAAGGGCUCAUUAGAAGCACCAGAGGCAAAGAAGAUGAAGAUGGAUAACGAGAUUUAUUCUUCCAAAUUGGAAGCAGAAGAGUCGGUUGGCGAGUCAGAAUAUGAAAAUGAUAGCAUAGCUUCAGCAUCAUCAACAAAGAAAAUGCUCAUUCUAAGAAGUUCCGAUAACAAAACUUUUGAGAUUGAAGAAUCAGUUACUUUAGCAUCAAUAACAUUAAGAGAAACGAUUGAACUUGUUGGUGUUGAUAACAUGAUUCCAUUAGCUAACGUUUCGAGUAAGAUUUUAGCACUGGUAAUAUCAUAUCUCAACAAACAUCACAAUGUAGAAGAGAUAAGAGAGAUGUUAAAAUGGGAUAAAGAAAUUUUCAAAGCAAUCGAUGAUAUCCAAAUGAUUGUUGAUCUGAUUAAUGCUAGUAACUACUUGAAUAUAAAGAGCUUACAGGAUAGUGCUUGUGAUGAGGCUGCUGAAAGGGUGAAAGAUACGACAGUAGAAGAAGGAAGAGCAUUGUUUGGCUGUGAGAAUGAUUUUACUCCUGAAGAGGAAGCAGAGAUGCGACAAGAGUAUGCACACGCUUUCCAGAUAUGA